UUCAACUUUGAAGCAGGCAAUCACAGGAAUUUAUAUCAGCCAUGACACUACUCACAGUGGUUACUGCGUUCUCCAUAUAUCUGAUUCUCAUCCAUGCAUCAACGGUUGCUAACUCAGCCAUGGAUCCCUACAAAGCCCUCAACAUCAUCCUCAACCCAAACGGCACCCUCACACGCUUAAGCAUUCCGCCGCAAAGCCCUCCCUCGCCAGAUCCCUCGCUCCCUACACCGGUUCUCUCCAAAGACCUCCCCAUCAACAAAUUCAACCACACCUGGGCGCGGAUCUACCUACCCCACAAAGCACUCCAUCAUUCCCCCAACGCCAAACUACCCCUCAUCGUCUUCUACCACGGCGGAGGCUUCGUUUUCGACAGUGCAGCCUCCACUUACUUCCACGACUUCUGCGUCAGAAUGACCAACGCCACGCAGUCCGUCGUCGUUUCGGUCGACUACCGCCUCGCCCCGGAGCACCGCCUCCCCGCCGCCUACGAAGACUCCGUGGAGGCGCUGCACUGGAUCAAAGCCUCCAACGACGCCUGGUUGCGCCACGCCGAUUACUCCCGCUGCUAUCUGAUGGGGGAGAGCGCCGGGGGGAACAUUGCCUACACGGCGGGUCUACGUGCGGCGGCGGAGGUGGAUAAGUUGAAACCGCUGAAGAUUAAAGGGUUGAUAUUGAUUCAACCGUUUUUUGGUGGGAGGAAGAGGAGUCCAUCAGAGAUAAGGCUUGCCGAGGACACCACUAUACCCUUGCCCAUCACAGAUCUGAUGUGGAACCUGUCGCUGCCCGUUGGCGCUGACCGUGAUCACCCGUAUUCAAAUCCAUUUGUUAACGGUGGAGAUAAGAUUUUGGAUGAGUUUAAGGUAUAUGGGUGGAGGGUUGCGGUGUUUGGGUGUGAAGGGGACCCACUGGUGGACCGCGAGAGAGAGCUGGUGAAAUUGCUUGAGCAGAAGGGUGUGCACGUGGUCGGAAAGUUUUAUGAAGGGGGUCGACAUGGCAUCUUUGUCGGUGACCCUUCCAUGUCUGUCCAAGUCUUUCGUUUACUUAAAACUCUUCAUUGAUCACAUGACUGAUCAGUUACCCAGCUACAUUAAUAAACCAAUGUUUUUCGUGUUUUAUGCACCCAAUGUUCAGUAAACCAAACAGAAAUGUUUCUUUUUGACA